AUGCAGCUGCCCCCGGGGUGCACGACACUAAACCCCAGGGCAAUCAGCAGUUUGCGCCACCUAAGCUACCAGGUGAGAGUCUUUUCAGUGGCAACCCUGACAUUUAAAGUAAACCUAAACCGUUCAAUAAACCAAGAUCACACCUUGUUUCUUUUUUAUUUAGGAUUCAGCCUAUUUAAGCCCUGCUACUAUCCCACCCAUAUCCAAUGCUGGACAGACUGGUUUGACAGGGAUGACCCCACUGGAUCUGGAGACUGGGAAUUACUCUCCCUUCUUCGAGCCCAGAACCCAGGAAAGAUCUGCCCUAACCCAGUAGAUAUUGAGGCCAGAACUCUAUCUGGACUCACUCCAGCUGCAGCAGGGGAUGUGAUUUACAAAAGUGACACAUCAACAGGAUUCAUCUGCAAAAACCAAGAUCAAAAAGAUAAGAAGAUGUGCAGUGACUAUCGUGUCCGUUUCAGCUGCCACCCUCCUUUCUGUGGCCUCGGCGUUUGCUGGACCAAGUGGUACGACCGGGACGAUCCCAGUGGAUCAGGGGACUGGGAGCUUUUGACUCACCUGAGGAAGGAAAACCCAGGACAAAUCUGUGACAACCCUCUGUACAUCGAGGCUACCACCACUGACACACUGACCCCGGCCCUCUCCACAGGGGACGUCUUCCAUACCUUAAAUCCAACUGAAGGACUUGUUUGCCGCAUGAUUGACCAGAAGUCUGGCAAGUGUCGCGACUACCGAGUUCGGUUUGGAUGCCCGUGCUGCGAUUAGCUCCGGUUCCAGAGCAACGACUGAGAAGAGAACACUGUUCAUAUUUUUAUUACCUAAAUUUUUGUCUGAUUUUUCUUCCCUUAGUGUGGGGAAAGGAGGAAUUAUACCAGCCCUUUUUCACAGCAGACAUUUUGACAUAGAGGUGUUACCAGUGGCAAUAAUGGUGGCUCUGUUAUAUUCAGUGAUUCAGCAUGUGUGACGCGAGGAACGAAGCCUAUGCAGCUUAAUGGAAUUCAGCCAUAAGUAAUUGUUUACGGCUGUGCAUUUUGUCAUGCUAAAAUGUGUGGAAAAAGGGCCUAUUAUGUGCUUUAUCAGUCUAUCUUUUCUUUCUAGUGAUCAUGAAAUCAUUAUCUUCUACUGUAGGAAAUGAAUCAACAAU